AUGUCACUCCUUAGACGAACCGCUCAUUCCAUAUCGCCUCACACUAGGCCAUCACUCUCAGCCAUCAACACAACACGCCGCAUCUCACAUCCAGCCAUUCUCAGCUCAUCAGCUUUAUCGCCAUGCGCCAACCGCAGGAACUUCUCCGUCGCUUCUGCGCUCGGUGAGACAGUCACCGCGACUGCCGAUGCCCUCAGUUGGGCUCAUAGCGUUGGGCUGCCGUGGUAUGUGGCCAUACCACUACUUGCCGUAGGCGUCAACGCAACCAUCCGAUUCCCUCUUCAACUAUACAGCGCCCGUUUGCGGGAGGCCAGAAAACCAUUGGAUCCCCUUAUCACAGCCUGGGCUCGUCGGCAUAUGAUGGAUAGGAGCUUAAACAACCCUGAACUUCCCGAUCAUGUGAGAUCGCUUCGCAUUGCAGGUGCAGUUGAAAAGUCAAGACGGAGAAUAUUAAAAACAUGGGGUCUCCAGCGCUGGAAAGGCAUGGCACCUUUACUCGGAAUGGUUCCCUUUGUCACCAUAUCCGAGGCUCUACGAAGGAAAUGCGGUGCACCCCUUGGGUGGAUCAGUCACAAGAUUGGCCUGGGCAAUACUGGUCUCGGACCCUCGAGCAGCAUGUUUGACCAGUCCUUGGUGGACGGAGGCUUAUUCUGGUUCACCGAUCUAGCAUCUGCGGAUCCUUAUUACGGACUUCCUAUCAUCUGUUCGGGUAUUCUGGUCUGGAGUAUAUGGGCGAGGAUGCCCAAGGAACAAAUCCAGGCACUAUUGCGAAUCCAGCCCUCAGACUCAAAGAUGAUGGUCACCUCUAGGCUACAACAACUUCUGGGCCGUGUCAUGCUUAUGAUGCCUCUGCUGCCACUCCUUUUUGCCGAUUUACCAAGCGCUAUCUUCCUUUACUGGGGUACAUCAUUUGCGCUUACCCGCCUCAACGACUUCUUUAUUCAACGCCUUGUUCCACCAAAGACGCCGGAUUUGAGGGCACCUCAACCGUCGAAAGAAUUCCCUUUCGUGCUCAAAGACCAAUCACGGAUUGCAAAGACAUCUGACAAAAAGAACAAUUGA